UCUCAAACGAAGACGUAGAGAAAUUAAUCUAUCAGUAAAAUGUCUUGUUUCGCGUUUCUACUAUUGUUAACUUAUGUGUCUGGAAAUGAUAAAUCUGCACUCUUUACAAAAACCAAGGUUAUCAUAAACAAAUGUGACCAAACAACCAAUCUUGGGAUAGUUAAUGCAGUUCAAAAUAAUGUUGACUGCGCUAUUCUAUGCUCAUCUGAUGUUGAUUGUCGAAGAUAUUUGUAUUGUUCAUCCACGUCAUCCUGCAACUUAUAUCUAGAUGGCACUGAUUGUAUUAUGACCAGCGACUCCAUUGAUUGUUCCUGUUAUAGAAAGAAUUUCGACUGUGAUCAGACUGGAUGUACCUGUCCAUACGGAUACUAUGGUGAGCGAUGUCAAAAGAUCAUUGAAGAUUGCACUGACGGAUAUGAUAUUGGUAUCAGGAACACCAAUCAAGUCGUAGCAUCUAUCCGGCCGAUAGGGGCCAGUGAACCAGUGCAUGUGCUCUGUGUGUUUGAUAAUGGUGGCUCAACCUUUAUUCUUAACAGACUGGUUGAAUGCGACACCGAAAACUUCAACAGAACUAUGUCCGACUACAAGACCGGGUUUGGCGAGGUAGUAUUCAAUAGUUGGGUCGGCCUAGAGAACAUUGUACGCAUACAAGCUGCACACUCUGGUGAACGUGAGACUGUUAUGGAAAUUUAUCUUCAGGUCGAUAACUUUGAAUGUAAAAUCGAAUAUCGGGAUGUAACUGUUAAGAAUGAGAUGUCGGGGUAUGCCUUCUCUUCAACCGGGGCUGUUGCUGUUUCUUCGUUUACAUAUUGUGGUGAUGCUCUUUUAUCCAGUAUUAGUCUAUUAAAUCAGUCCUUUUCAACCACUGAUAUUGACACCACGGGGAACUAUGAGUGUGCCAUAAAAUAUGGAGGCGGGUGGUGGUAUAAGGACCAUGUGGAUUGCACAAGGGGUUUCCUGACUGGGACCAUGGAUGGUUCAGGGAGAGACAACUUCUGGUUCGACGCCAAUGCCAUUAACCUAGUUGCAGUUCAGUUAAGAUUUAUUUGAAUCACUAGUUUUAUUAUAUUUAAGAAUAUAAUCUAUAAUAUCUGAAUCUGGUUAAUUAAAAAAGACCAGCAGUCGAGACACAUAAAUAGGAAUACCUGUAUUAUGAAUAAUUUCCAGAAGGGAGACUAUUGGUUUUGCGCAAUCCCACAAUAAAUGAAUAAUCUCUAGUGCAAUAAUGCCCAGUCGGAGCAUAACAUGUCCAUCCAGAAUAGUUAGCGUUGUUAGAUAGAUGAUGAUUAUUAAGUUUGGAUAAUAAAAAACAAAAACAAUCAGUUGCCAUGCAAGAUACACCUAUAUUUUGCAAGAGAUGGGCGGUAAAUCACAAUGUUUAGCAUAAAAUUUGAGAAACUAUAGCCUCAAUCGUAUUCAGGAGACUUUCGAUAAAGGAGGGUAACUCCGGAACGGAAGUUUUCUUAACACUGAAUAACUAUAGUGUUAUCCUCUAAUGAACCCAAUGCUUCCGACCAUAACUUUGCAAUACAUGUCACAGAAACUGAUACUCGAUAGUGUUCGUCCUCCCAUGACCCCUAUGCUUGAAAUUAAACUUGUAAAAACUCUUUGUAUCUAUCGCGGAAAAGGGGGCAUAACUCUAGAACUGAAGGUCCGAUGCUUACCAAAAUUAAUCUCAUCCGUGAUCUUAUGAUUAUUAAAAAAAAUAUUUUAAGUUUCGUCUAAACAUUGUACAUAUUUCACAUUUUGCUUAAAAUUCAUAACCCAAAACGUUGAGGUCUGAUAUGUACACUUAAAUCAAACUCAUCGACCGUGCAGCGUUUACUUCUGCUUUUAAAACAAUUCACAAUACAAGUAAAUGUCUCUGUCUGUGUGUCGGUAUCAGACAUGAUUGUACCGGUAUCACAUAAACCAACAGGGCAAAGCAAUCUUUGAGUUUCUUAAUUUCUCUGUGUAAGCCAUAAUGAUUACUUAGUGAUUGUUGUAAGUAUGUGAUGUUUAAACAGUUGGUUUCAAUGUAGAGGCAUGCCCCCGAGACACCUUAUUCAUAAAUCUCAUGUACUUUUUUGUUAUAUACAUUUUAAAAUGAUUCCAUAUAGAUUGGACAUGUUUCUUUUAGGCAUUAGUGGAUGUCUUUUUGGUUUGCACCUUAUUAUAUGUACGCAUUUCAUUUUGUACAGCCCGCGUGCGCACUUAGAUUAACAUGUGUCAAACAAGAACAAUACAUUACUGAAACAGGAAGCUUAUGUUGUUAUUUGAGCCAGAUACACAGAUUUUAUUAUGUUUCACUCAAUAAAGUUAAAUGUUUCACUCAAUAAA